AUGUCGCAAGUAUGUGAGGAAUGUGGGCAUGCACGUGGCAAAAAGCCUGAGCUCCAUCAUCUCCGCUUUCAUGCAUCCCAUGUACCAUUGCUACUCCCCGAUGACAACGAACCCACCAAGAUCCUUCGCAAUCCACAGACCGAACAGUUCCAAUGUCCUACACCUGGCUGUACAAAAUCCUAUCCAUUCAGUUUUCAACUUGCGGCACACUUCAACCAAUGUGGACCUGAUUCUUUUGCUAUAAUAGAAAUGGCUGCAGGUGAAGGAACAACUGCUGCUACCAGCGGCAAUGCUCUUCACUGUGCUUCAUCAGCCUGCUCUCAUGCUGCUGGAUCCCUUGCUUUCCUGGCCAUCUCUAGCCAUGUUGAUGCUGACCAGGAUUCUCUCCCGCCUAAGCCCAAUGUUGAUGUCGCUCAUGCUGCAGGAUCCCUUGCUUCCCCAGCCAUCCCUAGCCAUAUUGAUGCUGACCAGGAUUCUCUCCCUCCUAACCCCAAUGUUGACAUCACUCAUGCUGCAGGAUCCCUUGCUUCCCCUGCCAUCCCUAGCCAUAUUGAUGCCAGUCAGGACUCUCUUCCGCCUCACUCCAAUGUUGACAUCACUGAUGAUGCCGUAUUACUGACUCAUGCAUCAAUGGCUGCAUCAUCUCCUGCUGACCACAUCGAGAGUGGUGCCCUCAACCGUGUUAACCCUACCCAAGCUGCUCAUCCACCUGAAGCUCUCUCAGUCAAGUGCAAAGUACCGCAACAACAUAAAAUCCUGGAGCAUGAGCAUGACGAGGACAUAGUUGCAAAAUUCAUUGCAGAUGAGCUCAUUUCCCCUCAUCUCGUACAUCUCAAGGAUAAAUUCGUCAGCUUCAGUUUCAAAACGGCAGAUGACAUGCACAUCCUUUGUGCGCUCGGUGAUUUUGCUUGGCAUCAAUUCCUCCGAUAUUGUCAGAUGAACUGUGAAGGUAUCACAUGGGAUCAAUGUCUCGAGAUUUGGGAUGCCAUGAAACAUCGUCAUCCAGUGUACAUUCAGUUUACAGCUGACAUGUCUUUGAAGCAUGCUGCUGAAACAGAUGAUGUGAAACAAUUCCUGCUUCAUCUCCGACGACCCAUGGACCAUCAUCUCAAGAAGUUUGAGAAGCAGGGAAUAACCACAAAGGAGGCAUUCGAUAAACUGUGUCUCAACAAUGUGGUGCAAGAAGGAUCUCAAUGGCGGGGCUUCCGCCAUAUCUUGAUGUGCAACUGA